AUAUGAAGGCAAAGUCACACAACCCUUUCAGUUCUGCGACAGUGAAGGCGACAGAUAUGACAAUUAAUUAGAGUAUUUGUUUGCCAAACGCAUAUCAGUUCACCACAUUAAAAGGCAUAUCCACAUGUCCACAUUACAAUCACAUGCUCAACGUCCCCCUUUUUGUGCCCAUCUACCUAUAUAAGUAACCUUGGUUGAUACUAAUUGCUCACCAAAAUUUAGUCUCUUCUCUCACAAAGGAAAAAGUAAAACACAAAAAGCCAUGGCUUCUCUUCCUUGUUCAAAAACCAGGCCCUUUCGAUCAAUCAGUUUGCCCGUCAGAUCACACCCCACAACUCAGAGAGUUGAAGAGGUGCUCAAUAAGCUCAAUCGAUUGGAGACAUCUGUUGCACCAACAGCUGAAACAAUAUGUGACAGUUUGCUGGGUUUGGAGGAACUGCAGAAGUGCAUGGAUCAUCUUCUUAACUCGCCUAAAACUCUUCAGUUACUCUCCCAACACCAACAUGGGAAAUGGUUUGAGGAGCUUCUGGAAAAAUCAGUUAGGAUUCUUGACGUUUGUAGCACAACACAAGAACUUAUCUCUCAGUAUAAGGAAAAUGUAAGAGCUCUUGAAUCCUCACUCAGAAGAAGAAAAGGAGAUUCAACUGCCGAAGCUGGAAUUGCUAGAUUAACCAAUUUCAGCAAGAAAAUGAAGAAGGACGCUAAAAGACUAAUCUUGGCUUUGAAGCAAAUGGAUUGCGAGACUCUCACCGCAGCAUUCCUUGAAGCAGAUCAGGAGACAGUAGCUGUGAUUAGAGCACUAAGGGAAGCCAAUGCAGUUUGCAUGUUGGUUUUCCAAAGGCUCUUGUCCUUCUUGACUGUGCCACUUUUGAAGCCAAAGCAGCCAAAAUGGUCAUUGGUUUCAAAAUUGAUACACAACGGAAGAACAGAAAACAAAGGCCUAAAAAACAACAUGAUAGUGGAAACAAAACUGGAGACUGUUGAGGCUCAACUUAACAGCAUCGAAGAGGGAUUGGAAGGAACAUUUAGGAGCCUGAUUAGAGCAAGAAGCUCGCUCUUGAAUGUUUUCUCCUGCUAAUCUAGCUGUUUCUACUCUAUUAACUGUAUAGUUCACAAUAUUCUGUACAUGGACAGUUUUGUACUUAUGUCAUAAUAGAAGUACAUAAUACACAAAUUGAAAGAUUAUACUCCAAACUUCGUGUAUC